CUCCGCCACCAACCAAUCACAACGCAGCCCCAAAGGGUGCGCACUGUUUACUUCCGGGCCGGCUUGAAUUCUUGUGGACACAACACAGUCAGAUUGAACGUUGGAGCGGUUAGUUGACAGUUAGGCUAGGAGUCCGUGAGUGUUUGUGGGGCGAAUCGGGUGGUAGCUACUGUUUAGUUCAGAGGCAGUUCUUGAUGCUUCCCGCCGUGGUUCCCACCGCAUGAGAACACCGCAGCUGCCCCGACCGUCAGAAUGCCGUCGCCGAGGAAAGGUGGCUCGACGCCCGUCCGAAGGCGGCGUGGCAAGCCGGUGUCCCGGGCAAAGCCCGCUUCUCCAGCCUCCUCAACCACCUCCGUCUCAAGCUCGUCGAGUCCCGGUGGCGCCGCAAGUAGUGUGAGUGGCUCUCCUUCGAGUCCAGAGAGCCCAGGCAAGGGAAACCGCCGCCGGUCGCCGUCGGCGGCCUCGACCGGCUCCUCGUCGUCGUGGACCGACACGACAGACACGUCGCUGACGAGCAGCGCCAGCAGUCCCAAGUGGACGGGGGACGAGUACUGCUCCUGCGCGUCGUCGGCGUCGUGUUGUGAGUCUUGCCGCGACGGCAGCGACAGCUCGGACGGCAGUGAGGGCGGCAGCAGCGGGAGCGACGGCGACGACGGCGACGACAGCAGCGACGAUGACGACGGUGACGAGGACGCGAGAGGGCGGGCGCGCAAGAGAAGUCUGUGUUCGGCGCCGGUGCCUGAGGACAAGCGCGGCAGGUCCUGGGCGCGUCGCGGCGCCCGCCAGCGAGGAGGCUCGGUCCUGUGCAGCUACUGCGGAAGGAGGGGUUACGGCGCGAUGAAGAUGGUGCUGUCGUGCUGCCCCGGAGCCAGCGAAGCCAACAGGAGCUUGGGCAGGGCUUCCUCGGAGGAGACCAGCCCCUCUCCUCCUAGCAGCCCUGCCGAAAGGAUGCAGCCCCCAUGGCAGGGGAAUGGCCAGGUCCUCGGUGCGGUGGCCGCCUCUGCCUCCCCCUCGUCGUCCUCCUCGGCGCCGUCCCCGCGCUACAACUGGUCGCCGUGCUCGUCCGCGUCCUCCUCCUCAUCCACGCUGUCGGAGAUGUCGGAGGAUCCUGGCUCGGGCGAGGAAGCCGACGUGGAGGCUGCGGAGGGCCCCUGCCCGUCGGUGGCCCACGUGCCCCUCGUGCACUGCGGGGGCCGUGCCGGCCAUGUGGCCGUCAGCUAGGUGUUUUUUCUGUAUUUGGAGUGCUUGGCUCAGCAGAUACUUGCUCAAUGUGAUUGAUGUAGUCUUUAACUUAUUGCCGAAUCUUUAUGCCUCAUUUUGAGAGCUGAUUAUUGAGUUCUUUUUCCAUGCUAUUUAGUUUACAGAAAUGUUGUUAGUUACCGUUGUGUUCUGCAGUUAUUUUUAUCCAAUAAAAGUCUAUUUUAAACUUA